GUUACUGCACACUGCGGUGCAAGACGGGCUCGGGUUCGGUUCGCCAAAAUGUGUUGCUUAUGAAGACUUGGUCGAUGAACCUCUGCGUAAAACCUGCUUUUUCGACCGCUCGACAGCUAAAAACCUCAAAAAUCCCAUCGAGCAGAGAAACAGCUCACCGACAGACGCAACCAAACCCGUUGGCACCCGUUGAGGGUGGAGAGGGCAGAGCUGGCGAAACUGAUUGGUUUUCGAUUUUAACGAAGAGCCGCCUUAUUUGACUCAGAACCGACUCGGUUUUUUCCCAGGAGAGAAAAGCAAGUUUGUGUGCGAGAACGCUGUCACCAGCGGUGGGGGACUGACUGGGUGGACACUGGUGCACGGAGGGGGUGGUGUUUGUUUGGUAGGGGGGGUAACAAUCUGCGCGAACCUGGCCCUUUAAAUUACCUCCACUAUCACUGUAGACGAGACAAGUGAAGUUGCCUGCAGGUCCCUGAGCCAGCUUAAGUCUCCAGCCUCUCCAGCAUCCAGAAUUUUCUCCUUUUACGUGGCACGAUAACCGAUGGCAGAGAAUGUCGACGACUAAUAACAUAGCCCAGGCAAGGAAGCUGGUGGAGCAGCUGAGGAUCGAGGCAGGCUUCGAACGUAUUAAGGUGUCUAAGGCUGCUGCAGACCUGAUGAGUUACUGUGAGCAGCAUGCCCGCAGUGACCCUCUGCUGGUGGGGGUUCCCACCUCCGAGAAUCCUUUCAAAGACAAGAAGCCUUGCAUUAUUCUAUAGCCACUCUGUCUAGGCCAGCUCUCCCAGUCCCAGUCUAACAGCUGCCCAUCCCCAGUCAAUGGGCAAUUCAGUCCAACUCUUCUUUUUACCUGGGACCCACAGUAUUUUCCAGAAAAUAAAAUGCCACACUCUCUCUGUAAAAUUAAAAAGGGGCGAUAUCUGAAUACUUAGCGUCAUGUAGCCCGGCGUUGAGUGAAUCUAUAUGAAUGAAUCUGCACAGCACGCCUGUCUAAAUUCAUGCAUAUAGACGUACUUAACUGGAGGUGGCAGAUUUCGAAUUUCAGCAAACUAUUUCAAAAGAUUACACCGAGAGAUACUCCAGCAUGUUUUUCAGUGCAGCAGCUGACCUUGUUACCAUAGGUGAUGGUGGAGAGUAGAGGAAGACAGUCAUGAUUAUGCCGACUGACUAGCUGGCUAGCCCAGUCACACUGUGGUAAACGCUUGUUCGGUAUCAACCCUGCAUUGUUAUGUCGAAUCUGCAAGCUAAAGGUUCAUCUUAGAUUUGUAUGGCCAAAAUUAAAUCCAGGUAUGCUUACCUUUAUUAAAACAGCACAUUUCAUGUUUUACAAAGGGAUUCAAGACAUUAACCAGAGUUGCCACUAUUUUUACUUUUUCUCUCUCUCUCUUCUCAGUGGUUUGUGAGCUGUAGUUUUUCUUUUCAUCGAUUAAAAAAAAGGCUCAUUAGGCUUAAUGCUUAGUUUUUUUUUCUAGUCUUUAUACUAUAUUUCAGAAUCCUCAAACAUUGAGUUAUAAAGGAAUAAUUUUAUACAACACUGAAAAUAUAUUUACCUAAAAAUAUCUUUCUCAGUCCCCUCAUAAAGUGCAGUUCGGUAUGAAAAAAAAUGAGGCGUAUUAUUUGAGGUAUUAAUAAAACAAAAACAAAAAAACAACAACAUUUGAGGUAUCAAAUAUAUGAAAUCAUUAUGAAUAUUUAUCAUCUUAAUAUAGCAGAGGCUCGGACACGCCCCAUAAAAUUGAGUCAUUUUAAAGUCGGAGCCCUUGCUAAGGCCAAUUUUAUUAUUUUAUUUUUUUCUCUGAAACCAAACUUGAUUGUAAAAUCCAUACAGAAGGAAAAAAAAAUGUAUAAACUUUCUUUUGGAUAUGUUCAGAGGUGUUAACUUUGAGAAUAGCUGUUUGGAUUUGUUUGUUCCAAUUUCUUCUUUCUAUGGAAACAUGGAAUCUGGUCAUUGAGUAUGAAACUGUACAGUGUUUGAUAACUAAAGCGCAUUCUUUCUUUUUUCUUUUUUUUUGUGUGGAUGUUUUAUCUUUUUGUAAUCUUUGUGUAAUAUUUCCGUUUCUUCCAUCAUUCAUAUUUAACCAUUCAGUUUGUCCUCUUUAAGGCGAGGCAAAAGAUGCGAGCGAAGGAAUUGAUGGAUGGCUCCAGCGCUUGUACAUGUGACUGGGUGACCUGCUCCCUGAGAGGGAAUGUGGAAUGGAUUGUUGACACAAUGCCCACGCAAGGUGCUUAAGGCGUUGUUCGAGGCACGUUUCACGAGGUGGUCUGUGUUGUUAAGUCUAUCUAAAGGGCAGGAUGUGCUGUGUUGUGCAACAGGCCCUCAGCCUGAGCAGUCACAUGCAAAAGAUGAGGGGCAAGGUCAAGCCACAACUCUGAAUGUCCCAUGUGCACCCAGCACAUGAUGCACAAUCUUUUGGAGUGAUGGUUUUGUCUCCAAACAGUCACUCACAGUAUUCAGCUGAGUGCUAAAAACAGAAUUCCCCCAUUGUCCUACUUCCAAUGCUGGAAAAUAUGGACUCGUAGUGGGACAGAGGGGGCCUGUGCUCCUCGCGGCCAAUGGGAUGCUGUCAUCAGCUCCUGUAUUAAGAAUGACUAAGACCUGUGGGGGUCACGAGUGCCCUGACUCAUCCAGCGAUCGACAAAAUCACGCUGCUGCCCAUCAGUGGACAAAGCUGCUCCAGCGACAUCACUUCCUGUUAAGCCUGAGCAGUGUAGUGGCUUAUUCAUUUCAAAAUAACUGAAGAAAGAUGGACAAUUCAAGAGAUAAAGAACCGUAUUCUAUAAAAAAGAAAGGAUUAUGUUUGAAUCCAUGCAACUGUUAAGUCUCACUUUUCCAUCGCAAAGGAAGAGUCACUUAGUAGUCCACAUUAGGAUGAAGCCUUUCUGGAUACGUGCGAAGUGCUCAAAUGCGGCAAGCUAGUGCUAAAAUAAAGCUAGCACUACAAACGUUUUUUGACCAGCUAACAAACAAACUUGCUGUACCAGGUUUGAUGGUAUUACACUGGGGCAAACACUGUGAAAGUCAGCUAAGCUAAGUUUAAGCUUGAGUUCUCCACCUUCUUGACUCACGGUGUUGGGAUACACUGUGCUCCAAAGUAUAGCGUUUACCCGAAGUAUGCUAAAAUCUGCCCCGCUCUCGGGUUUAAUUAGACUCCACAGUCAUUUUGCGGCGAGUGAGACCUGUUGUCAGGACGAGGGAGUGUGUCCGUUUCUAAUUCGCGCAGCGAGAACACUUACGGUGCUGAGGAGGCCGUGAUACCUUAACCUCAAUUCCUCGUUCCCAAACGUUGUUCGACUUCAGACACCAUUGAGCUCUUUCAUGACCAUGAGAGGUGAGAUUUAGGCUUUGUGUGGGUAAUAUCUGUAGCUGAGUCCUUAGCCAGUAGAUUUCAAUCUCAGCCUGUGCCAUUACUUUGUGUUUUUUCCUGUGUAUGCAUAUGUAUCUUUCUGCCUUGAUUAUGAAGAAAUAUAUCUAUUUUUUGUAAUUGUUCUUCUCGGAUGUGCCAUAAAUCAUGUUUUCUUGCACACUGUUAAUAUUUUGUGGAUAUUGCUGUUUAAAAAUGAUGAUAUCGGAAAAAGUAGAUGAAAUAAAAUAAAGACAAAAUGUUACUCUGCAA